GGCUCCGCUGCGAUGGCGCUGGGCCGGAAGGCAAAGGGAGGGCUGCGCCCGGCUUUUACCCGCACAGCCUGCGUCACUUCCGCCGCGCCGCCGGGAGCUGCUGCCGGUGCCGGUGUCCGCCUCAGCCACCCCCGUGCGGGCACGGCGGCGCCGGGUCCGCUUCCCCCGUCCUCCCGUGCACAGCGGUGCCCGUGUCAGCCUCAGCCACCCCCGCCCCGGCGGUGCCGGUGUCCGCCUCGCCCGCCCCCUCCCCGGUCACGGCAGGCGCAGUGUCACAGCCCCGGUAACGGACAGAGCACACGGGACGGCGGCGGGCUCGGCACACAGGUAGUACAGCGGUAUUUAAUAUACCCCGCGGGACGCCGGGCUGCGCUGAGCCCCCACAAAGCCCGGAACAACGAGUUGGGUCCGUUGGACAAAGCGCCCCGGCAGCCCAAGGGACACAGACUGCAGAGCCGCUGGAGGAGCCCCCGGGCACCUCUGGCCCGGCCCUCCGGUUCUCCUGCCGGGGGAGCUCAAGUCCCUGUGACUGGGCAGCCCCCGCACCUGCCAGCUCCCUCCUCCACGAGGGAUCGUGUGUGUGCAAGGGGUAGAGCAGAGACUGUGAGAAACAACCACCAGGGAGCUCAGCUGCACAUCCCACGGGCCUUCCCCCAGCUGCAGGCCCCGUGGCCAGGUCUCUGCCCCCCAGCCCCGAACACUGGGCAGGGCAGUUUGGCCCGAGAGCAGCAGGAGUGGGCAGGGCGAGGUGCUGCUGCCCGGCCUGCAGCCGCUCUGCAUCACACAACACACUGCCAACACCACGACACCCUAACAUUUCCCUAAAAGCAAAUACCAAAGAGACAAAC